CUGACUGAGUGUGCCAGUACACAGAUGCCAUUGUUUAGUUGAGGUUUCUUAGCAACCAAAGCAACACAAACAUUGACUACCAGAAGUUUGGAGCUGCACCCUAUUUUCAGAGACAAAACUACCAUUCAUCACUCAGAUACGUUUACAGCACCAGACUCCCAGGGAACGACAGGAGAAAGGAGCCACAAUCAAAUAAAUCAAGACCCAUUCAACACUGAAUUUACCAAGACACUGACAAAAAGCAGCCCACGCUUUGGGGCCUUGAGUCACCACUCAUUCUUCUCCCGGCACAACCCUCAUCCACACCGGGUGACACAUAUUCAAGCACUGUUUUCAGAAGCCUGGAGGGAUGAACUUAAAGAACUUGUUGCAAAAGUCAAUCUGUCUUUCGAGCACAAUUGGGAAAAAAUGAGGACCAACCUGAGGAUGAAUUUGUGCACCAAAAGACUUAGUAUUCAGCUGAUACUGGGAGAAUCAUCCCUCCAUCCAGCAAGUCUUACCUGCACAGAUUUCAUUCCCAGCACCUAAAGUAUCCUCAACCCUUCCAGGAUCAAGAACUCACGGUUUUGGAGCUGCUCUGUCAGAUCCUGCAGACAGACUCGCUGUCCACAGUGCAGCAGUGGCUUCUGCUUGCAGGCCAAAGAGAGAAGGACCUUGUGAUGGGGAUGCUCAGACGAGCUCUGGACGGCGUCGACCUCUCAGGCCGUCGUAACCAGCGAACCUUCCAGCAGCUCCAGGCUUUUCAUCCAGGUGCAUCUCCACCAGCGUACAGUCCAUCAUUUGACCAGCCGUGGAGAAAACCCUGGAGAACGAGCUCAUACAAAGCGAAUCCGAUUUCCGGCGAUGACAAACCAGACUAUCCGUCACUACCUGGACCCCCUGUGGCAUCAGCUAGGAGCAAAGACCAAGGCUCUGGUUCAGGACCUGAAGGUGCUGAGGGUCCUCCUGCUCUACCUCACCCAGUACGACUGUGUCACCUUCUUCAAUUUGCUCGAGUCCCUGCGCUCCAGCCAGAAGAACUUUGGCUCCAAUUCAGGUUGCUUGUUCCUGGACUCCUGUUGGCGACUACAUUUUAACCCCAGACACUUGUGUUGAGCGUAAGAGCGUCAGUGACCUGAUUGGCUCGUUGCAGAGCGGCCGCCUCUACACCCAGUGCCUCUCCAUGACCCGCUACUACAGGAAAGCAGUGCUGCUCAUCGAGUUCGACCCGGCUAAACCGUUUUCCCUCAUGGCCUGGUCAGACUUCCGUCAUGAGAUUUGUCAAAUGAUGUUUCUUCAAAGCUUACUUUACUCACAUUGCACUUCCCUCGCCUCCGUAUACUCUGGUGCCCCUCCCCACACGCCACAGCCGAGCUCUUCCUGGAACUAAAACAAGGCCGACCCGAACCCGAUGCUUCAGCAGCUCAGGCGGUCACAGCUGAGUCAGACCUUGUGGCUGAAUCAACAGACCUCUACAACCCCGGACCUUAUGACUUCCUCUUGAAAAUGCCGGGGGUCAAUAUGAAAAACUACAGGGCUCUUAUUAAAAAUGCAGACAGUUUGGCAGACCUAGCCAAACUCAGCCAGAACAAGCUGGCAGAAAUACUUGGGAAUGCUAAUAAAGCUAAGUUGCUGUAUGAGUUUCUGCAUAAUGUCGCUGAUGUUCCUGCUCCUGUUCAGAAGACCAAACAGACAUGAUGGACAGUAAAUCAGAUAUUUUGACCGAUGUAUGUGAAUAACUUUUCAGUGACAUCAGGAUCAUUUUUUGUCAUCAAAAUGUGUGUUGUUUUAAUAUGCAGAAUGAAUUUAAUAUUGCAAAUAUUUGUAUUGUAUUUUGGAAACUACUUUGCAAAUGUGUGCAAUUGUAUUAUUUUUACUCAGAAACAAACAAUAUUUUUACAUUGUGCAAUAAUAAAAUGUCAACUUCUUUUGAAAUUUAUAAUAACGUGUUAUUUCAAAGUACAGCUUUCCAGAACAACACAGCUGUUUAAUUAAAUUCAUGUUUGUAAAGCA